CGCUAGCUUUUAAAAAAUCACGGGCAGUGUUUUUAUUUAGAUCUAACAUAAGUUAACAAACAAUUUGACUUAUUGACACCGUUAUCGCGUUUACGGCAGAAACCAAAAACUAAUUUAUCUAUUGGCAUUAAUGCGUUUAACGUUGACUGGUGUUUUAAUAAUUCGUUGAACGACCGGCAAAAUGGGUGGGAAAUACUCCAAAUUGGACCCCAUGGAGAUUGAGGUGCCGGCAAUUCAAAACCUCCUGGAACGUGAUCCUUAUUUGAAGCCAUACGAAAAAGAAAUACGACGUCGUUACGGCUGCCUGAAAGACCAAAUUGAGUUGAUCGAAGAAGAUGGAGGUGGUUUGGACAAAUUUACAAAAGCCUACAAUUAUUACGGCAUCAACGUACAGCCCGACAACUCAGUGGUUUGUAGGGAAUGGGCACCCGGAGCAAAACAACUGUUCUUAACAGGAGAUUUCAAUGGCUGGAACCGUGAUUCACAUCCGUACAAAAAACUAGAAUUUGGCAAGUGGGAACUGGUAUUGCCUCCAAAAAGUGAUGGAACAUGUGCAAUUCCACACUUAUCUGAAAUUAAGGUCGUCGUUGACACUGAAACUGAAGGCAAAGUUGAUAGACUGUCACCUUAUGCCACUUAUGUGGUUGAACCACCAAAGAAUGAGGGCACCAUUUACAAGCAAAAAUUAUGGAACCCUCCCAGCGAACAAAAAUACGUUUUCAAAAAUAAACGAGUACCAAGGCCAAAGAGCUUAAGAAUUUACGAGUGUCAUGUAGGAAUAGCAACGUCAGAAUUAAAAGUUGGAUCCUAUGACAACUUCACAGAUAAUGUUCUUCCUAGGAUUGUGAAACAGGGCUACAACACAAUCCAAUUAAUGGCAGUUAUGGAACAUGCUUAUUAUGCAAGUUUUGGAUAUCAGGUGACAAGUUUCUACGCGGCUUCGAGCAGAUACGGCACCCCGGAAGAGCUAAAAAGAUUGGUAGACAGAGCCCACGAAUUGGGACUGGUCGUCCUAUUGGACUUGGUUCACUCCCAUGCCAGCAAAAAUGUAAUGGACGGGUUGAACCGCUUCGACGGUACCGACUCGUGCUUCUUCCACUCCGGCUCUAGAGGCGUCCACUCUUUGUGGGAUUCUCGUCUGUUUAACUAUCAAGAAUACGAAGUUUUGAGAUUUUUGCUGUCCAAUAUCCGUUGGUAUUUGGAGGAAUACCAAUUCGAUGGGUUUAGAUUUGACGGCGUCACUUCUAUGUUGUACCAUUCAAGAGGUAUUGGACAAGGUUUCAGUGGAAGCUAUGACGAUUACUAUAAUAUGAACGUCGAUACUGAGGGCGUUGUUUACUUAAUGUUGGCCAACCAUGUCAUUCACACUUUGUACCCAGAUGCUGUCACCAUUGCUGAAGACGUCUCUGGUAUGCCUGGAACCUGCAGACCAAUUACAGAAGGAGGCCUAGGCUUCGAUUACCGUUUAGCCAUGGCCAUCCCAGACAAGUGGAUCGAACUCUUAAAGCACGUCUCCGACGACAACUGGGACAUAGGCAACAUCGUCCACACUCUCUCCAACAGAAGAUGGAUGGAACCCAACGUAGCUUACGCCGAAUCGCACGAUCAAGCACUGGUGGGCGACAAAACAAUCGCCUUCUGGCUAAUGGACAAAGAAAUGUACACCCACAUGAGCACCUUAUCCGACCCCUCGACCAUAAUAGACAGAGGAAUCGCUCUGCACAAGCUCAUCAGAUUUUUGACCCACGGUUUGGGCGGCGAGGCUUACUUGAACUUCAUAGGCAACGAGUUCGGGCAUCCGGAGUGGCUGGACUUCCCCCGACAGGGCAACAACGAUUCGUAUCACUACGCCAGAAGGCAAUGGAACUUGGUGGAUGAUCCGUUGUUGAAGUACAAGUACUUGAACAACUGGGACGCGGCGAUGAACCACUGCGAAAACAAGUACGGGUGGUUGAGCGCCGCCCCCGGUUACGUCAGUUGGAAGCACCAACAGGACAAGAUUAUUGCAUUUGAGCGGGCCAAUUGCUUAUUUAUUUUCAACUUCCAUCCCAAUCAGAGCUUUCCUGAUUAUAAAAUUGGCGUAGAAUUAGGUGGGGAAUAUAAAAUCGUCUUGAAUUCAGAUGAUGAACAAUUUGGCGGGUACAAAAGGGUCGACAAUUCGAUUUCUAUUUUUACCAAACCUGAGGGCUAUGCUGGUAGAAGAAACUCCCUUCAGGUUUAUAUACCUUCUAGGACUGCUCUUUUGCUAGCAAAAGUCGGUUAAUUAUGUUAAUCUCGAUGUUUUAAAAGUCUGUUAUAUAUUACUCAAAUAUGUUUUGUUACUGAAUAAAUUAUCUAUUUAGUUAUAAAUUUUA